CUGGCCGACAUGGACGUGGUGAAUCAGCUGGUGGCUGGGGGCCAGUUCCAGGUGGUCAAGGAGCCCCUUGGCUUUGUGAAAGUGCUGCAAUGGGUCUUUGCCAUCUUCGCCUUUGCCACAUGCGGCAGUUACAGUGGGGAGCUCCAGCUGAGCGUGGAUUGUGCCAACAAGACCCACAGUCUCCUCAACAUCGAGGUUGAAUUCGAGUACCCCUUCAGGCUGCACCAAGUGUACUUUGAUGCACCCGACUGCAGAGGGGGCACCUCCAAAGUCUUCCUACUAGGGGACUACUCUUCAUCAGCGGAAUUCUUUGUCACCGUGGCCGUGUUUGCCUUCCUCUACUCCAUGGGGGCUCUGGCCACCUACAUCUUUCUGCAGAACAAGUACCGAGAGAACAACAAAGGGCCCGUGCUGGACUUCCUGGCCACGGCAGUGUUUGCCUUCAUGUGGCUGGUUUGCUCAUCGGCAUGGGCCAAGGGGCUGUCGGAUGUGAAGAUGGCCACGGACCCAGAGACCAUUAUCAAGGAGAUACCUAGCUGCCGCCAGAAGGAGAAUAUAUGCAAGGAGAUAAGAGACCCUGUGACCUCUGGCCUCAACACCUCCGUGGUGUUCGGCUUCCUGAACCUGGUGCUCUGGUUCGGCAACCUAUGGUUUGUGUUCAAGGAGACAGGCUGGUCCGCCCCAUUCCUACGCGCACCUCCUGGUGCCCCCGAGAAGCAACCGGCGCCCGGGGACGCCUAUGGCGAGGCCGGCUAUGGGCAGGGCCCUGGCGGGUACGGGCCCCAGGAUUCCUACGGGCCUCAGGGCGGCUACCAGCCCGACUACGGGCAGCCCGCCGGGGGCACCGUUGGUGGCUAUGGGCCUCAGGGCGACUACGGGCAGCAAGGCUAUGGCCCUCAGGGUGCGCCCACCUCCUUCUCCAAUCAAAUGUAGUCUGGUCAGUGCAGCCCAGGAGGACCCCAUGGGUGGGCAAGAGCUCAGGAGAAGGCCUGCCCUCCCUGCUCACCCCUAUAUCCCAGGUCUCUGCCCCUCAAGCCAGGAGACCCUUAAUUGUCUAUAUAUAUAUAUAUAUAUAUAUAUAUAUAUAUAUGAAACAUAUAGAUAUCUAUUUGUCUGUCUGAGCUCUGCCCCCACUCUGCUCCCCUUAUACAUUAGGGCCCCAAUCUUUAGUGGGCCCCUCUCUUAUCCUUAGCCCUUUCCUUGCAUCUCUUGACCCCUCUCUGUGCCCUGGCCCUGUGCCCUGAGGUUGAGGAGGAUUCUGAAAGAGGGACAGGGAAGAGACAGACCUUGGCUGUAUGGGUAGGGUGGGCUUGACUUCAGAGUGUCUCCCUUCUCUCCCUCCCCUCCUCCCAACUCUGGCCUUGAUUUCUCCAGCAAUGUUUGAACAACGGCCAUUACAGAAAAUUCAACCCUGAUUUGGGGGAGAAGGAAGAUAUUGGAGGGCUUGGGACUCAAGGUAGUCUUGGAGAGGAGCUCUGGGAUGGAGGGGACUAGUAAGCAGGGAGGUUGGGUUCCAGACAUACUAGAAGUGGAGUCCAUAGGAGAGGGGUGCCCUAGAGCAUUCUGGUAAGGAGCUUGGAAGGAGGCUGAGGGUGAGUUUCUACAAAGAUCGCAGCAUUGAGUGAAGCAGUGGGUGGGCCCCUGUGUGGUCAGGGCUUGUAGUAGGACUUGGUUCUAUGGAAGGGGUGUGACUUGGGGGCCUGGGGACAGGGUUUGGAAGAAUGCUGAGAGUUCUAGAGGGGGUGUGGCUUGAACCAGGCAGUGGGUGAAGCUCCAGAGUGGGUGGGUCUUGGAUUGGGACCAGAGUCUACGGAAGGAGUGUGGCUUGGAGCAUUCAGGAGACUGAGUUCGACUCUAAAGCAGGAAGGCUGAAAGGGUGAUUUAGUAAUGGGCCACCCUUGGGGUGAGGGGCGUGGCCAGGGUUCUAGAUAGGGUGGGGCUUAGAAUGGGGCACGCAUGGUGGUUUCAGAGGGGACAGCCUGCCCCAUCACCCCACAAUGGAACAGUAAAGAAUAUAUGUUUUAAAGUUGGGCAGGUUUGGUAGUGGCUAGGGCCUAAGGGAUGUGUUUUGUUAGGGGUGGGGGGCAAUAUCCCUCGCUAAGGCUAGGCCUGAGGGGGCCUAGGGAGAGCUGAGAGGUAUGGCUUGAAGGGUAAGGGGUGGGAUCCAGAGAGAGGCACCCACACAUACCCUUCCUUGCCCACCUCCACGACAGCACAGUUAGGUAAUCAGAGGACAGAGCUAAUGGGCUUGUGGGGCCAGCCUACCCCUCUCCCCCUUUCUCCUACCUCCUCCCUCCCUCCACACCCCACCCGUCCUGGGAUGGUUGGAGAUCCGGUCUGGAGCCCCUAUCCUACACCUUCUGCUGUGUCUGUGAUGUCGGUAGUGCCUGUGACCGUGUGUUGCCAUUUUGUCUGGCUGUGGCCCUUCUCCCUCCCCUUCGAACCUCCACCCUUUCCCUUGCCCUUCGGUAUUGUUUGAAGACUCCCUCCCAGAGGAAGAACACAUAUGAUUCAUCAUCCUUCCGAAAUAAACUCCUCAACCACCUAGUA